AUGCCAGACUUCAUGGAUGUUUGGGCCCUCACUGAGUGGGACACCCCACUGCGAAAGAUCCGCCAGCCCAUUCCAACACCGAAGGGGACAGAAGUCCUGGUCAAGGUCACUCACGUUGGUGUUUGCCAUUCAGACUUGCACUUCGCCGAAGGUUUCUAUGACCUCGGGGGAGGCAAACUCUUCUACGUCAAGGACCGUGGCAUUCAGUUACCUGUGGCCCUGGGACAUGAAAUACUGCGGCUUGGAUGUGGUUCCUGUACGCGCUGCGGCCAAGAAGCAGAUAACUUGUGCGCCGCCCAGAAAGGACUCGGCACAGUACAGAAUGACGGCUUCGCUGAGUACGUAGUGGUACCACAUCCCAAAUACCUUGUCGACCUCGGCACGCUCGAUCCAGCGGUGGCAUGCACGUUUAGCUGCUCCGGUAUCACAACACUUAGCGCAGUCGGCAAAGUUAUGCCCAUUCCACCGAGUGAGCCCGUCCUGUUAAUCGGCGCUAGAGGGCUGGGACUCUCCGCAAUAUCAGUCUUGAGGACGCUUAGACACGAGGCCAUUGUUGUUGCAGACAUUAGCGACGACAAACUUACCGCGGCUGCAGCUGCUGGAGCCACCAAGACUGUCAAUACCUCCGGUCCUUUUGCGUCCAGGGACAUUCUCGCAGCUACAAACGGACCAGUCAUUGCCGUGAUUGAUUUCGUCAACAAUUCGAGCACGGCAAGCUUAGUCAAUGGCUUGGUUGCCAAAGGUGCUAAAUGGGUACAAGUUGGCGUAAUGGGGGGUUCCAUUGAGCUCUCACUCGUCGCGAAUAUCUUCAAGGGUCUCACGAUCUAUUCAAAUAUCACGGGGAAUCUGGAGGGGUUGAGAAAGCUUGUGCAACUGGCCAACGAAGGGAAGCUUAGCCCUGUUCCCGUGCACAAGAUGGCUUGGGAUUCGGUGAAUGAAGCGAUGGAACUGCUCCAGUCGGGCAAGGUUUCCGGGCGGAUUGUAUUGGUGAAGUGA